UUUCGGUUGCAGUUAUACCUGCCAGUAUUGUACUACUUGGAGUAGUUAUUUGUUACAUAGUUUAGUAUAGUUGGAUUAAUAUCCGUUUUAAAAAAAAUGUUUAUGUUAUAUGUUAUUAUUUAGUUAAAGCAUGUUUUCGCUUUAUAUCUCGCAGUCCUCGUCCUGCCAAUGAAUCCAGAUCCAAGGUUCAGAAUAUUCACUAUGUUUUCCACCUUCAUUCUGACGCUCCACCUGUUGCACCUGCCGAGCCCAGACCCCCAGUUGUCUUAUCGCCCUUGGCCAAAUUUUUGAAUCGAAUUCACACUACCUAUUUCAUGAUCUUAGCUGUGUUCACUACUUCUAACAAGCACUAUCAGUUCCCUACUAUUGAUUUCACCACCUCCGCCGUUGAUAUUCUCACUGCCUUAGGUCACAAUCUUCAUAGUACUCCCUUUAACAGCUCCCUUUUGAAGCUCGCCUUAUAUGAUGCAGCUACUGUCAAAAAUGCUCCCCUUAUCAGUGGCUUAUGUGAACCAAAUCUCCACUUCACUUCAUUAAAGAAUUUUAAAGAUUGGAUGAUCAAGCAUGAUCCCACUAGGUCCCAACAUAACAACCAGCAUAUGUUGAGACACCACAUACAACUUUUCCACACCACUAGUCAAGCCCAUAAUUUACGUGACGUACAACUGCAGUUAAUCCAUUUAAGCCAGUUACAUCAUUUAACCACCAUUCCUGUUGAAUCUUUAUAUUCUAUCAUCCGUAUUACGCAUUGGAGUAAAUUAUCGUUAGCACUUGCUUCCCCCAUACUAUUUUUUUUUUUUUUAUAAAUUCGUUUCAUUUAAUCCCUAUUAUAUUAUAUUAAAUGUAUUAUUAUAAUGAUUGCUCCCACCCUGUAUAACCACAUAACCACCUAAGAACACUGCCAAUUACAUUUCGCUUGAGUCUACACCGUCGUAAUUAUCGUUACAUUCGCUGUCAAUCCCUCCGUAGGUAUUAAAGUAUAUCUCAACUUU